GGCGCGGGCCCGCGUGGAUCCUUGUACCCCUACCCGGGUUUCCAUUAGAUUAUAGGGGCCUGGCCGCGGCAGCGACGACGCCGGCUAUAUAUAAGCGCGAAACCCCUCAGUGAGGUCCUUGCCUGCGCCCUCUCGCCUUUCUUAUCUCCUGCCUCUCGCUUCUUCUCCCUUCCCGUUCCAUCCAUCCACAGUUUUUGUGGGAGCCAAGGAUCGAUCCUGACGGGGACGUGCCGAGGCGUCAAUCACCGAGAAGGACAGGACGACACCUUCUUGGGUCUCGGCCCCGAGCACCGGCAAAUGCACAUGCCCCUGUGAGCUCUCCAAGCUAGCUAGGUAGCAGGAAGGUAGAGCAAGAAGCUAGCUAUGGAGCUCAAGGUGUUGCAGCUGUACGCCGCCGUCGUGGUCCUGCUGCUCUGCUCCUCGGUGAACUUCAUUCAGAGCCCCACCGACGUGUUCGGUCCGGUGGCGCUCGUGGAGCCGACGCCGUCGGCCGCGCGCGACUUCGGCGCGGUGGUCUCCGACGCGCCGUUCGCGGUCCUGCGGCCCGGAUCCCCCGCCGACAUCGCUCGUCUCCUGAGCGCGCUGUCCUCGGCGCCGGGCCGUCCAAGGGCGGCCGUGGCGGCGCGCGGCGCGGGGCACUCCCUCCACGGCCAGGCGCAGGUGCGCGGCGGCAUUGUGGUGGAGAUGCGCGCUCUGCCGCGGGCCGUGGAGGUGGUGCGGCGCGGGGAAGGAGGCGGCGCAUACGCGGACGUGGGCGCCGGAGCGCUGUGGGUUGAGGUGCUGGAGGAGUGCCUCAAGGCCGGCCUGGCGCCGCGGUCGUGGACGGACUACUUGUACCUCACCGUGGGCGGGACGCUGUCCAAUGGCGGCAUCAGCGGCCAGGCGUUCAAGCACGGCCCGCAGAUCAGUAACGUCCUGGAGCUCGAGGUCGUCACAGGCACAGGGGAGGAGGUGACAUGCUCACCCACCAAGAGCCCGGAGCUUUUCUUCGCCGUUCUUGGCGGGCUUGGCCAGUUCGGUAUCAUAACCAGGGCAAGGAUUCCUUUGCAAGUUGCCCCUCCCAAGGUGAGAUGGGUGAGAGCCUUCUACGACAGCUUCCAGACGUUCACCAAGGACCAAGAGCUCCUGGUCUCAAUGCCGGAGCUCGUGGACUAUGUAGAGGGUUUCAUGGUUCUGGACGAGCAGUCCCUACACAGCUCCUCCAUUGCCUUCCCUGGCCAGGUCUACUUCAGCCCGGACUUCGGCUCCGACGGCAAGAAGGUCUACUACUGCAUCGAGUUCGCAGUGCAUGACUUCCAGCAGGAAUACUCCACUGCUGCCGACCAUGUUGUGGAGCUGGUCUCAGGGGAGCUGAGCUAUCUGAGGCCCCACAUCUACAGCGUUGGGGUGUCCUACUUCGAUUUCCUGAACAGGGUGAGGAUGGAGGAGGAGAGUCUCAGGAGCCGGGGGCUCUGGGACGUGCCUCACCCCUGGCUCAACGUGUUCGUGCCGAAGCAUGGCGUCACGCGGUUCAAGGACCUGCUCAUGGACACCAUCACGCCAGGGGUGUUCGAGGGCCCGAUCCUUGUCUACCCCCUCCUCACUGACAGGUGGGACCGGAACACGUCGGCGGUCGUGCCGUCGGCGCCGGACGGGGUGAUGUACAUCUUCAGCGUGCUCCGGUCGACGGACCCGGCGCGGUGCGGCCGCGCGUGCGUCGAGGGGAUCCUGGAGCAGCACCGCCGGGUGGCCGACGAGGCCUGCCGCGGCGGGGGCAUCGGCGCCAAGCAGUACCUCGCGCGGCAGCCGUCGCAGGCGCACUGGCGCGACCACUUCGGCUCGAGCUGGGGCCGGUUCGUGGCCCGCAAGGCCCGCUUCGACCCGAUGCACGUGCUUGGGCCGGGCCAGGGGAUUUUCACGACGACAGAUUCGGCGAGCUCCAUGUGAUGGCUGAGGGGUCAUGUGCUUCUGCAGCUCUGCUCGCCGUAGUGAACUGAAGACGUAGGAUAGCUAAUUGUUGAUCGUAGUCCAAACAAUAUUACUCAGGCUGCUAAGUACUUUGGCACAGGCUUAAGGGAGAGUGUUCGUUCAAUCAUUCCUUUUUUUUGGUACGCUUUGUACUGUGUUUAGCUGACUAGUGGGCACGCAAAAGCAGUUUGUUUGGGGAGAGAAAAAGAACGAGAAUUCUUUGUCU